AUGUUGGAGGUUCGUUUGAAGCAUAUGAGAAGUGCUGUGAGGUUGGCGAAGUUUGCCUUGGAUCAUGGUGAGACUCCUGUGGCGUGUGUGUUUGUUCAUGAGCCUUCGGGACAGGUUGUGGCAUAUGGAAUGAACUACACCAAUGAGUCGCUGAGUGGGAUUGCGCAUGCAGAGUUUAUGGGAAUCGAGCAGUUGCGGGAGAGGUUUGGCGGUGGAGAGGAAUUGAUGUGUGUUAUGCGGGACGUAGUGGUUUAUGUGACGGUGGAGCCGUGUGUUAUGUGUGCGUCUGCUUUGAAGCAGUUGGAGGUUGGGAAGGUUGUUUUUGGGUGUGCCAAUGAGAGAUUUGGUGGCAAUGGGACUGUGAUAAGGGUAAACGGGGAUCGUUGUACUGGUGGUCGUGGAUACGUGGCGGUGCCAGGAAUAUUACGUCGGGAGGCGAUCAUGUUGCUACGAUAUUUCUACGUACGGUCGAAUGAGAGGGCUCCUAAGCCGAGAAACAAGGCCGAGAGGCGGCUGGACCGCAAUGCGUUUCCCUCGUUACCGUGGUCUAGGUAUAUUGGGCGGGAAUCGUUUGUGGAGGAGUUCGGCGAGAAGAUGCUGUGUCAUUUCGAUGACAGCACGGACAUAUUCGGGGACUUGGUGGAUUGGGAUCUCAUAGACGAGCCCUGCGAUUGGAUCCUGGAACAUCUGAAGACGCAGUGUCAAGAGUUUGCCUUGCACAGACGCAAGAAGAUAAAGCUUGAAGUGUGA